GGUCUAAAUAAUGUAAUCGGCAGUAUGCCAGGAAGAUUGCUCAUAUAAGUAUAAGAACUUUCUCUUCAUGUUGCCGAAUACUGCCGCCCUACCUAAGCACCGUCCGCCGAGAGUAGAAAUUUUACUAGUUCCAGCAUACUACAAGACACAAAGCAUAAAAGCGCAAAAUGGCCGAACAGCGACACGGGCCGCUGUCUGUGAUCCAUGCGGGCCUCAUGCGCACCGGUACACUGUCAAUGAAGCGCGCCUACGAGAUGCUCGGCCUGCGCGCGCAUCACGGCUUCGAGAUGGACUCGUGGGAUGACUAUGCGGGGCUAGAGCUCGCGGCCGAGGCCACGUGGCCGAGCGUGCCCGGCGCGCGGAAGCCCGUGCCCCCACCCUUCACCAGCGCCGACUGGGACCGGCUGUUCCCCAGCUACGACGUCGUCACCGACCUGGCCUCGCUCUUCGCCGAGGAGAUGAUCCGCGCGUAUCCCGAGGCCAAGGUGGUGGUAGUGCAGCGGGAUUUUGACGCCUGGUGGGCCAGCUUCGCGAGCGCCGUUCUAUCAAAGGACAUCCCGGGCAACCCACUCGCCUUGGCCCUGGUCCACGCCCUCUAUCGGGCAGCCGGGACGCGCGUGUUCGACGCCGUCUCAAAGAUGGUCAACGGCGCCUUCGGCACGCAGUCGUACCGCGACAUUACCACCGAGAAGGCGAAAGCCUUCUACGACGCAUACUACAGCCGCAUCCGCCAGACGGUGCCCGCGGAGCGGAGGCUCGAGUAUAGUUUAAGCCAGGGCUGGGAGCCACUGUGCCGCUUCCUCGAUAAGCCCAUCCCAGAUGCGCCAUUCCCCCGUGUCAAUGACAGUGGCGAGAUGCAGCGCCGAAAGAUGAGUGAGUUCGGAAGGAUUGUGUUCCAGGCCGGUCGCAACAUGCUGCCUUACCUUCUUGGAGGAGCCGGCGCUGCGCUCUCCGUCUGGCUGUACAGCGUCUACGAGUAGCCGAGGGGGGCGAGUGGAGAAGGGACACAAACUGUUGAUUAAUUGUUUAGUGAGUGCCGAUGUAUAGUAACAGUAGGUAUUAUUUCCUAUAACUUGGAGACUUGAUGCACAUAUAAACAUACAACCGGCUCCGCAACUAGAUUGAAACCCUGCGAUUUAGCCGACGCCAACUCGGCAAUUCAACCGCCAUCAUAAAUAAAUGAAUCUAUUAUUAA